UUCUUUUCAUACAUUGAACGCAAUGGACACCGUUAUGCAAGAUGUCUUAAAACAUAUCGGUUGGAACAGUGGGUUUCAUUUGCCUAUGGCAAACGAUGAAAACAAAGCUUUGGAGAGUGAAUUGGCGAAACUUGUGUUGAGAAAAGCGAAGGCAUCCAAACAAUAUGAAGAUGCGAACGAGAAAUUUAAUUCUCUGCAAAAUCACCUGAAAUACGUUCAACAAGAAUCACAACAAAAUCAGACAUUACUAAAUACUUAUUCGCAACAAGUUGAUAAUGAAAAACACAAGUUUAAAUUACUACUUGCUGAAAAGGAUACAUUAUCGGGUUUUAUGCGUAAACUAAUGAAAGACACAGCCGACGUCCAGGAAAGGCACGGCUUGAAAAUGGCAGACUUGUCUAAAGGAAUGGAAAAGCUCGAGAAAAUCCAAUCAGAAGUAACGUGGGACAAUGAGGCGAUGAAAGCAUGGGAAGAUUCAUUGAAGAAACGUGAUGAGGAUAAUGAAUAUCUUAAAAAGUUUUCGGUGGAAGAUCAAAGAAAAGCUAUUGAAAUGGAGGCUAAGCGCCAGAAUUUGCAGGUAGAAGUUAGCGAUAGAAAAGCUAUGCUAGCAAAAAUGGAUGUGGAUGUAAAAAAUUAUGAACAAAUAUUAUUGAGAACUGGUAAAAUAUUGAAACAAAUAAAAGAGGAGAGGAACUCUUUGAUCGUACAAUGGCAAGAGAGUGUUAAACAUCUGAAGCAGCGAGACCAAGACAUCAAACGCGUAAAUCGGGACAUGGAUAACAUGAAUGAAGUAAUAAAGCAGCAGCAAGAAAAACUCGAUGAAGAAAAUGAGUUUUUACAAAAUGAAAAAAACAAUAACAAGUUUAUGGACAUGCAAAUUAAUGAAGAUAAUCAACUAAAUUCCAAAUUGCGAAGAGAUUUAACAAUUGUUACAGACGAAGUGACUUUAUUACAAAAUGAGAUGAAUGCUAAGAAGAAGUUCGUCGAAAGUACUGCAAACAAUUUAGAAAAGAGCAAUUUGAGAAUUAAAGGUUUACGACAAGAUAUUGAUAAAAAGGAGCAACAUAUUGCAGUACUUGAACAAGAAAGAGAAGAAAUGACACAAAAGUUGGAAUCUCUUAAAGAUGAAUCAUUUGAUGCGACACAACGUGCUACAUAUUUCGAAAGUAUAAUUUCGAAAGCAGACAAGAAUAAGUAUUUGAUCGGUAUAGAAAUCGAAUCUGCCCAAAAUGCACUUUACAAAUUGGAACAGCAACUUGGCCAUUUAAAGGAAAUUGGUACAAUUAAACAUUCUGAACUAAUUGGUUGCGAGAAAUCUUUACAAGCGAUAAAAAAGAGACAACAGAAGGAAAACGAAUUGCUGAUACAGCAACGACAAAAACUAAGCAGCUUAGAAAUGAAGGUGGCUUGUUUGGAAGCUAAAUUAGGUAAUUUGGAAGGUGAAUCAUUGAUGGAAGAAGAUGUUAAAUUAUUAGAAGCUAAAAUGAAGGAACUUGAAAUUUCUUUCACUGAACAUACAGAGGAAAAACAUAUGCUGCACAAUCAAAUUUUAAAAUUGGAGAAAGAAUCCACGCGUUUAAUUCAAGCGAUUUCAAAUGACACCGAAAGACUGCAAUCGUUGAAAGACAAACUUCAAAGUUUCGUUUUGAUGUACGAAGGAGGCAUCAAACAAGCGGUGGCUGCAAAGUUAAGGCAUCAGCGUAAACAAGUUUCAGAAAAUGUGUUAAAGCUUAAAGUAGAUAAUCUGCAAAAUGCUAUGAAUAGAGAGGAUAAUGAAAUCUACAAUCUGCAAAAAUACAGAAUAGAAUUGCUAACUCUAAUGAAAGAACGACAAAUUGAAAUUCAAAGUAGUAAAGAGAUUCUGCUAGCUCAAAGAAAAAAUUUGGAUGAAGAUCGAGGUCGAUUGAAAGCAGAUAUAUCUCUGAGAAGAGUCAGAAUUGAGCAAUUACAGAACAUGUAUAUGCUGGUUCUUGGGUCUUUGGGCUCUCUGGGCAGUGAUCAACCUGGCGAACAAUUCUCAAUGGCUGAAUUUAAAAUAAGAAAUGCACAGGAGAAGUUCAUAUUGAAACAAGAAGGUGAUGAAAUGGAUCAGAAAGUACGAAAAGCGGAAUCGGAAAUUGUGGCCAUGGAAAAUACUCUAAAAAUUGUUAACCAGACGAAUGCCGCGUACAAACAUAGUUUACAAGCUGUGGAUAAUGACGAAGAAGCAAUAAAAACAAUGAAAGAAUUGGAGCGACGUGUUAGAGAUGGCUAUGUUGUUUUACGAGAAAGAAAGAAACAACUUAUUGAACAGCAAACAGAAAUAUCGCAACUUGAAAAACGUAUUGAGGAACUAAAUAAUUUAAAGACAUCAGAACAAGAGACUUUGGACAGAACGGAAACAGAAUUUGACAAGAUUAUUUCGGAUGAGGAAGACAGGGCAAUGAAAAUCAACCGGGCCGACAGGCAUAUAUCGACAAGUAAAAAAAGUAUAAAGGAAUCCCAUAUGGAAAAAUACGAUAAAGAUUUGUACAUAAAACAAAUGCAAGAGUCCAAUAAGUAUGUGCUUCAAAGACUAUCCGAAUUUGUAAAUGAUUUUAAAGAGACGUCUCCUGUGGUUCAACGUUACAUGUCAGAAUAUAAAUUAACAUUGCCUAGAAUACGAACAAGUUUCGGUUCAUCUGUUAGCUCAGAUUCCGUUCGUUCGAUCUCGUCUGGAUCAAGCAUUAAACCGAGCCACUACAGUCCAAGUCUCUGCAACGUAACCAGCGUCGAAAUAAAGUUCGAUGACAGCGAAAGAAAACUGAUCAAGAGACCAUCUUCAAUUUUAAAAGAGAAACGUAUGUCACUUUUUGAUUAAUUUGUUUCUCAUACGAUAUUUUACAUUAUUAACCGAUAUGCAACACUUUUUAACUAUAUAUACUAUUGCUUGUACAAUUAAAUUAUUUGGAUUUUUUAAAGAUAAAUUAAGCCAUACCUUGCAUGAAUUUUCCCAGCCACUCAAAUCACAUUAACAAA